CGAGGAAGUGUUCAAAUAAUCCUCUUGUCAGUCUCUCGUGAAUUGCCAUCCUCUAUGGACGUGCAGCGCAAGCACAUCGUGUGGCGUACGACGUGAGACACACUGUGGAUUAAAAUUCACUUUGAUGAAAAUCCUCUGUGAAUUUUGGAACAGAGGAUGAUCGAAAUAACUGAUGAUGUCACAAAAAUUUAUAAUGUGAAGUGAAUUUCAAUAGUGGAUAACUUUUUAUCACCCACCCACCCAUCUCAUCCUUGCGAGAUAUUCUUCAUUUCAUAGUGCAAGAAAAAAGUUCAUCAGCGAAAGGAAAUCACAUCGGGUGCGCCUCCGUUCGUUUUCCUCUUUAUAUUUUUUUCUUUUAUGUGUUGUGUGCCAAAAAGAAAAUUCCACAUAGUCUCUAGUGGAAUUUCUAGUGGAAUUUCCAUUAGUGGAUACAUUUCUCUUGAAAUUUUGAACACCUGUUCCACCUCUCCGAAAAUCAAUUACAAAACCUUCCUCCAUUGCCCUUGCUCCGCGAUCCUCGCUUUCCCGGUGACACCAUCAAUUUCCUGUCCAUUUGCCAGCAUCCCCCUCCAUACACAAGGCAGCACAAGUUGAUGGUGAUGGUGUACCAAUAAGGAUGUGUUUCAACGCAAUGAACAUGAAGGCGGAUGAAUGGUGUGAGAGACGAUGUUUUGAGAAAUUAAUGCUACAAUAAUUGAAAGUAUCGCGCCGUGGUUACUUGCUCAAGUUGAGGCACACGCAUAUUUUGAAUCAUCUCCUUUGCGGGGGUUUAAAAAGAAGAGCCAAGUGUGCGGCACACGUCUUUUAUAUACGGGGGUGUGAUUAAUAUUAAAAGGAGUCAUGUGCUCCAUCCCCAUUGGAGGCUCAUUGCAAUGUGUUUCACGAUAAGACGCACGUCUUAAGAUAAAAUGUGCUUAUGGAGAAAAUGUGGAAGAACAUCACGGUGGAUUAUUAAUUAAAAUUAAGAAAUUAAAUUAGGGGACAUUGCUUAAAGACGCUACUUUUUCGCCCUCUCAGUGGUUCGCACCCUCAGUGUUUUUCGUGCUACACCUAACUUUACUAUACCGUAUUAUAUAUACAUAUAGCAUUUAAGUGUGUGUACAGACAGAGAAAAAGUAUCAACAGGAAAAUUUUCUCCGCAUAUAUACAGUGUAAAGCUUCUCAUCCACCGGGGAAACCGUGAGAAAAUGGAAAACUCCAAAAUGACCCUCCAAAGGACACUUACAGCCACCUUCAGUAUUACCUCAAUUAUAUGGAUAUGGCUCCUCAUCGUAGCGAGACUUCCGGCAGCACGAGCUAAAAUUGGGUACUUUUGGCACAUAACUGAUCUGCACUUCGAUCCGGCGUAUUCGACAAAGGGCGACGUGCUCAGAAGUUGCUGGUACAGUGAGCACCACCAGAGCUCGUCGAGGAGUGUGCCGGGUCGAUUCGGUGAUUACAGCUGUGAUAGUCCAUGGGCACUCCUGGAGUCAGCCACGCAGGCGAUGCGCUCUCGCCAGGGUGACAAUGUGGAAUUUGUCCUAUGGACAGGCGAUGGUUUGUCGCAUUCAACGAGACGUUCCCUGGAAUCGCAUCGUUUGGAUCUCUUGCGCAAUAUAACUGAACUACUGGGGCGUACAUUUCCGUCUCAAUUCGUGUUUCCGGUGCUUGGUCAUGAGGACGGUCAAAACGGAAAUUUCCAUCGUCUUGGUGAGCUGUGGAGGCAUUGGUUACCGUUGGAAGCACUCCAGACAUUUGAGAAAGGCGGAUACUACACAAUUGAGCAAACAAAAAGUCAACUAAGGAUAAUUGUGCUCAAUACUAAUUUUAUGCGACACGAUCUCAAAUACACGCAGAGCCAUUCUGCGGCCAUCAGGCAGAGACCAGGAAGCUCCAAUGGCGACUCCUCUGAACAUACCAAUUACUACUAUAACCAUGGGAAUUACUACCAUGGCUCAAACAAUGGGUACUAUGCAGCUGUGCCGGCAACAGACACCGGGGGCCAGACGAGGGCACUCUCGGGAGUAGAGAGCCAUGAAUCACAGAGACAAUGGGAAUGGCUUGAAGCUGUGCUGGCUAAAUCCAACAGGAACAAAGAAACUGUUUACAUUGUGGGUCACAUGCCACCAGGGUCGGAUGAGAGACAAGUGGGCAAUGGUCCAAAUGGGCACUCAACCUUUUCCGAGAAGAAUAACCUCAAGUACCUUCGAUUAGUGCGCAAGUAUUCGUCGAUAAUUCAGGGUCAAUUCUUCGGACAUCUCCAUUCGGACUCCUUCCGGAUUGUCUACAAUGAUAUAGGGAAGCCAGUUUCAUGGAUAAUGAUUGCACCGUCUGUUACGCCCAGGAAAAUGAAUGUUGGUGCCAAUAAUCCUGGGAUGAGACUCUACAAAUUUGAAACUGAUACAGGGCAGGUGCUAGACUACACGCAGUACUAUUUGGACUUGGAGCAAGCAAAUUCCGCCUUGGAAGCUACCUGGCAAGCUGAGUAUAAUCUGACAACACAGUACUAUGGGCUGGCUGAGGUGACUUCUGUGGCUCUUCAUAAUUUGGCAGAUCGUUUCACGAAUGCCGAAGAUCCCCUUUUUGCCAAAUACUACCGUGCAAAUUCCGUACGCUACGUGUCGAAUCAGUGCGACGGAGCCUGUGCAUUGAAUCACUACUGUGCCAUAACGCGUCUGGAUUAUUCGCGAUUUCGCGAGUGCUUGGAAUCUGCGGCUAGUGCCCUAGCUAGUCGAGCUCAGACAGCUCAACGACCACUUUUGGUGCUCCUGCUGCCCCUUCUAUUGGCGCUCAGGCAGCGGCGCCACUAUUUGCAGUCCCUUCUUUGGGCUCUGCAGCCACCCGCCAGUGCCACCCACCGGCUACCCCGGCGGGAUGGACACCCAAGUGUGUCCCUUAAGUGCUUAGAGGUAGUUUUGUAUAUAUUUUCAUGGGUGGUGGGUAGUUCUAGUAGGGCGAGAUGUCACCCCAGCGGUUGCCAACGAGACAUCGUCUCCACCGUAGAUAGUGUUUUUGAGGAAACCUCCAGUGUUUGUGAUAAGUCCACGACAGUGAUUAAGUCACUGUCCACUUCUCUACUACCCCCAACAAGCUUCCCUCCACUCUCCACGUGUACCAACUGCAGCACCUAAGGUAACUUUUAACAUAUAGUAAAGAGAUUUAUGUUACAAAAUAUUGUGGAGUUUGGCUCUCAUGAGAGCAAGACGCAGACUCAAAUAUAGGUCAUUUACCUGUUCUGUAAAAUAUAAAACACAAAAGAAAUUUUCAAGGGGUUUCGCAUAUUUUAGGGGAUGAUUUUAUAUAUAUGUUGUACACUACACAUAGCAAAAGUUAGUAAUUUAAAACAGUUGAAACACGAAUUAAUUAAAAGAAAAUUAUGUGAAUGAUUUUUGGUUGGAAAACUCAUACUUUAACCAUUUUUUUUUUAAAAAUACCCCAAAAAUGUGAAAGUUUCCUUGAAAAUUUCCCACAAGCCACAAAACCAAAGAUCUUAGAUUUUGGGGACAACAAAACAAAACUCUGCAAAAUAAUCUUCUGUGUGUCAUUUGAAGGAGUGCUUCUUUCGUAAAAAAAAAUUAUAUAUAAUUAUAUAAAUGUCUAAGAAAAGAGAAAAAAAUAUGUGCUGUGCUACUUAAAAAAAAAGACAACAAAAAUUGUAAACUGAGCAUUGUAUGACGCAUUUUGAUAAAGGUGUGUUGUGUGACGUUGAAAAGAGAUUGGAGCCACUUUUCUCAGCCUCGCCAUUCUCCCGUUCUUUUUCUUGUGUUACACCCUCCCAAGAGGGGGAUUUUUUUCGUGUCGUGAGAGAAAGAAGGGUGGUAAGCAUCCCCUCUAAAUACCUCCGUGUGUGUUUUGUUUUUUUUUCUCUACACCCAUCCACCUAUUUUCCCCCAUCCCCCAACCCCCAUUGAGUCUCACUUUAUAUAUAUUUAUGUUUGGAGCAUUUUCCACCCUGUUAGAGCCUCGCCAAAAGUGGAGGAAUAAUUUCCCUUAAGAAAAUAUGUGCUCAACUUUUUUAUUAUCUUGUGUUUCUUUAAUGUGUACAUAAAUGUUGAUAAAAAAAUAAUUUUUAUAUUUACAAUAUACAAUGUAAAAGUGAAUAAAAAGAGAUUUACAUAGAGGAGAAAAAAAAAUUGAGGGACUAUUUGUGAAAAAUUGUAAGACAAAUUGUUAAAGUUUUUCUUUCGCCAUCAAAUGCUAUUCUUUUAUUCCAAAGAAAUGAAAAUAUUUUACAGUAUAUUUUAUGAGAAUGGGUAUAAAGGGUAUGAAGCCCAAUGCUACUUUGAAAUAUUUUGGUUUAUUUAUUUAUUUUUUAUCCUAAAACAUUUUAAUAUUUUUCCCAAUAGAUUUCAUUCCGAAAUAAUAUUGGAAAAGUUAUAAUAAUUGAAAACUUAUAUAAAUUCAUGACUUUUUAAUUAAUUCUUCGUUGACAAGAACUUUUUCUCAAUAAGCACAAAAGAAAUAUUAUUCAGAAUAUUUUUGCUUCAGGAGAAAAAGUCACUCAACAACAGAAUUUUCACAAAGAUUUUUCUUUGGAAAAAAUAAAUAGCAAUUGAUUGUAUUUGAACAUACCGUUAACGAGAUUUUUUUAUUGGGUGAUGAAUAAUUUAAAAAAAAAAGAAAAAAAAAGUAUGAGGAAUAAACAAGUAGCAUAAAAUUUAAGAUCAUAAAAUUUCACAGUAUAAAAUGAAAAUCUUAACUGUCGUUAUAUGUAUAUAAAUAUUUAUUGAAUAUAUAUUCUAAAAAAAAAGAAGAAAAAAAUGAGGAAAACUGAGAAGAUAAAAUUCAGAUAAAAAAAUUUCUUAUCGAAAUAAAAGAGGGAGAGAAAAAUAA